AUGGUCUGUGUCGCGCUCGAGAGAUCUGGAAUGGCAUCAGUAACAGCUGUCUUGCGAUCCAACUAUGAAAAAGUCCUACAGCAUGGAUUUGAGAUUGAUUCAAUUGACCAUGGCAAACUCUCCGGCUGGAGACCAAGUUCGGUUGUCAACGCAGUCCCGCUUGCGGAUCAAGAAAGCCCAUUUGACUACGUGAUCGUCACAGUGAAGAAUAUCCCAGAAGUGAACAACGUGCCAAAGAUAAUAGCUCCAGCGGUCACACAAGACCACACGACCAUCGUGCUGUUUCAAAAUGGACUUUACAUUGAGCCACCGAUUAUCGAAGCAUUCCCAUCAAAUGUUGUGCUAUCCGCCCCCAGCUAUAUUGGCGCACACGAGCUCAAUGGAAGCGUUAUACAUGAUGACCAUGAUAACUUCCACAUAGGCGUCUUCCACAACCAAGCCUUGGAUAAAGCAAUGGAGCGAGCCAAACUCGAAGAAUUUGCGGCCAUCUAUAACGGCAGCAAAGUCGUCGAUGCGGAUAUUGUGGAUGAUAUCGUUUUCUACCGCUGGCGCAAAGUGUUGUGGAAUGGAAUCUUCAACCCAAUGUGUGCCAUCACGCAGCUUGACAGUGCAGCGAUUCGAAGGUUCGGGGGUGAACACAGCCUAAUCAGGCCUGGUAUGGAGGAGAUGGCAGCGAUAGCUAAGGCUGAUGGCUAUGAUCUCGGAGCGGGAAUUGUGGAUGACGUGGUUGAUGGCACUCCUCUCGAACUGUCUUUCCGCCCUAGCAUGUUGGUGGACGUUGAUAAGGGUAACCCUAUGGAAGUGGAGGUUAUUCUGGGGAAUGCUUUGCGGGUUGCCAGAGAGAAGGGCGUUCAGACGCCCAUUUUGGAUAACACCUAUAGGUUCUUGAAGCUCACGCAGGCGCGAUUAUUGGCUGCGAGAGGAUUGAUUGUUGAGCCGAAAGAACUUCCGACGACAGAUUUCAUAUAUAAAUUUGCACGCUCAGCGCCAAUUACUCAAGCCGUUGUCCAGUACCUCGAAAUGGAGAGAAUCGAUGCCCACACUCACUGUGUUCCACCCUCAUACCGCGAAUAUUGCCUGCAGAGCGACUUCGCGGGCAAUGGCUAUCCAGAUGGAAUGCCUGCGAUCCCGGAAUGGAGUGCAUCAGCCCACAUUGAACUAAUGAAAAAGCUCAACAUCAAACAAUCAAUUCUCAGCAUGUCCUCACCGGGAACACAUCUGACACCAGGGAACAACGAAGAAGGGCGAUUGGUAACCCGGCGCGCCAACAUUGACAUGUCCAAAACCUGCGCCGAUCACCCCGACAAAUUCCUUUUCUUCGCAUCUCUCCCCCUCCCGGACGUGGAAGGCUCCCUUGCAGAAAUAGACUAUGCACUGGACCAUCUAGGCGCAGUUGGGUUCCAAAUCCUGACCAAUUCGCAUGGCAUCUACCCGGGUGAUGCGCGAUUCAAGCCUGUUUUUGACAAGUUGAGCGAGCGCAAAACGAUCGCGUUUCUGCACCCCACCACCUGUCUCAUUCAGCACCUAGGGGAGAAUACCUUAAGCAAGGUUAUGCCGGUCCCUGGGUUCUCGGCGCCAAUGAUGGAGUUCAUGUUCGAUUCAACCCGGGCGUUGAUGAAUCUGCUCACUUCCGGCACGGUGGAUCGGUGUCCAGGGAUUACCUUUCUGGCUUGUCAUUGCGGUGGUACUUUUCCUCCUAUUCUGCAAAGGGUUGCCGAGUUCUCUCCCAUGCUUCCAGGUCUAGGGAAUGGUGUGAGUGCAGAGCAGAUGAAGAACGUGUUGCAGACACGCUUCUAUUUUGACCUUGCGGGGGUUCCGUUUCCUGACCAGAUACAUGGUCUUCUUCGAAUGGUUGAUUCUUCCAGAUUGCUUUGA